AUGUGUUGCUCUUUCCGCGUCUCACUGUCUGAAAGGGUGCGUAUUCUUGAAGUGCUGGCAGGAAACUCGGCCGAGUCGGGACUAGCAGGUUUACUUUCGGCCAGCUCGAACACUUGGGUUUUCGCGCGCACAACCGCAUCCCAGCCGUGCACAGCGGCCAUGAAAGUGACCAAGCUGUGGGCGCGGCCGAAGGUGGAGGCGCGGUCCCAGUCGAGCACACAGGGCGGUGCGCCCGCCGAGUGGGCGCAAAGAAGCAGGCGCGGGCUGUUCUGCGCGCUGACUUUGGCCACGGCCGCGUCAAGCACUGAAAGCUCGAGCGCCGAUGCCCGCAAAAGCGGCGUCAGGUGGUACGGCCCAAACACGGGCGGCCCGGCAGGAGCAGAUGGGGCAAGCGGAGCCGGCAAGUCAGCCGCAAGCGGCGCCAACGUCGGCAGCGGGAAAACCGCCCCAAGCUGGACAUAG